UAUGUUUUUCUAUUUAUCCGAAGAGCUCUGAGCGAGAUCUCGAAUUUAUUGUAGUAUACAGCUAGUAGUCAUAUGGAAGGCGAUGGUUUUCCCACUUCCAAAUCYGUCUUGGACCUUCCCAGUGAGAUUGUUGUGAAGAUUUUUCUUUUCUUACAAGUGUUGGAUCUGGUUUCUUUGUGUAAGACCUGCCGCAGAUUUCGCACUGUUAUUAUGGAACAUGAUCAUAUAUGGCACAAACUUUGCUAUAAAGAUUAUGGUGAUUAUAUCACAAGUAUAGAAGGGUGGAUAUCGUCUUCAUACAGAGAUUUUUAUGCUUCAGUUCUUCAUCAAUUUGGACCAAUCUUAGGAAUAUGGAGACUGAACCUACAGUAUUAUGGUGGCCUAAUCCACAUUCAUGUAAAUAAUGGAAGAAUAAUAGCAGAGCAGUGCUUAGUACCAAUCAAAGAUCAUCUUUAUGAUCCUUUACGUAUCAAACCUUUUUUUGAAUUGACUGUCAACUCAAGAAGUGGUGAAUUAAAAACUAGAAACCUGACAGAUUUCCACCAGUGUGGCGAACAAGGAACAAUCAAAAUUGAUGACAGUUGUUGUAGCAGAAGCAUUGACCAUUUUUCAUUUAUCUGUCAUUGUAACAAGGAAUAUAGUGCUGAUGAUACAGAUGAAGAGGAACAAUUUGAUAGAGAAAGAUUCCGUCAGUGGGUCAGAGAGGAGUAUGGUGAUGAACUGUAUCUUGCUAGCAAUCCACAUCUUAUUUAUAACACCAUCCAGAAAUUCAAGACUAUGACAAGUGCCUUACAGAAACCCCUCAUAUUUAAGAGAAUUCAGGUCUCAUUGUCAACCACACAUAGUGACUGUACUAUUUCCCCUGGUAUUUAUAAGGGGACAUACAGCAGCCAUGGCAUUGAAUUAAUAUCAGUUACUACCUCUGAAGAAAAUAUACUGGGCAUGAAAAUAACUGGUGACCCCAAUGUCCCAGCAGGUGAAAUGACAUUUGAUAUAAACCUCAAUGAAAAAUUACAAGAGGAAGAGGGUCAUGGUACUUCCAGAUAUCCAUUUCACCUGCCUCAAGAGUAUCUUGAAAAUCCAWAUGCACCUUCUCAUUAUACUGCAAGGUACAAAGGUUUUGGACAAAUUGCUGGGCAUGGCUUUCAGUCCCCUCGAAGAAGUCCUGUUAUAAUGUAUACAAUCAGUAACACUGAGUUCGGAUUACUUUGGGUGGAUCUGCACUGCUUUGCUAUGUUCUCUCCAACCAAAGAAGACUUUCUUCAAUGACAAUGUGUACUUCUCCUCACAUCAUCAAGUAGUCUGAACUAGCACUUAUUUACUACACUCAGUUGUGAUGUUGAUACAACAAUAUCAUUUAAUUAGAUAUUUAUGAUUCGCCGUUGUGCCUUUUAAAUAUUCGAAUAUUUUUACUAAAUUUUGUGGGCAUUAGCUAGUAGUAGUUGGAAACAUGGUAGAAGUAACUGGAAAUAAGGUAGAAAUAGUUGGAAAAAAUGUAGAAGUAACUGGAAAAAGGUAGAAGUAACUGGAAAUAAGGUAGAAUACAAGGUACGAGUACUUCCUCUGGUUUCMAGUUACUUAACGUGGUACAAAUUACAAUCAGGGAUUGUCUGGAUACCUCAUGAAUAAUUAAUGAUUAUUAGCUAUUCUCAUUGAUAAUUAGGUUUAACAUAACUAGACUUGCCCUAAGCUAAAUGUGGGUUCAAUUAUCUCUACCUAUGAUCAUUCUUUUAAUAAAUAAAUUGUUGUUGUUGUA